UUGGUUUUUUUGCAGACAGCGCUGCCACGUAGUGAUGGAUCAAUAAGCGAAAAUAAGUCUGUGGUGCCGCAAAUUACAUGUAUUUAACGCCAAAUUUUUGGAAAAAAUUGUGAUAUUAAGUAUUCUCAUUAGUAUUGUGUGAUAUAAACACUAAACCUCUAUCUGUGAACGCAAAAGUGCAUCAGACAUGGACUUGCGUGAUUGUGAAAUGCUCGAUGCCUCCCUAUUUUAGCACAAGUUUCGCUGGUUCUCCUAGCGUCCAUAUUUGUGUGUUUCUAGCUGGCCAGACUGACAUGGAGCACUAAUGAAGAUGCGCGCCCCUACCCCCUCCGAGCCGAAAUCUACAUUUCCUACCUACCAAGUGCCUCAAAAGUCAGCCAUGAGGGGCAGCGCACCCCCAGUACAAGUUGAUUGGACAGCUUGGGGGGAUCGAGCCGAUCCCCCAAGUAAUACCCAUUGCGUCUCAAGUGACGCCUUUUCUGUGAUAUCCGGCUCAAGUUGUCGUUCACUAGGCAACUCUAAUAUUAGAAUGCAAUCUGUGACCGAAAAUUGUCUUCUGAACUCUGUUACCGAACCAAAAAUACAACGUAUAGACCAUGACAUGGUCGCCCACAAUAAUAGAUUUAAGUUAGUUAAUAAGUUUGGUGCUUUACUCCCUGGACGAGACAUUCCCAAUCAAAAGUCUGAUGACCUCGAACUAUCUGACGACCUCAAUGUACUGAAAUCUGUUAAUUGCGAUAUGAUAAACAACGAUAAAAAAGACCGUAGAGUGUGCCACCUCAGUAAGGAUGAAUCUGAUUUGUGCACAAAGAAUGACACUGCUUUGCCUUUAAGGUUAAGAGGGGGAGGUGAAAGUUCAUUGAGUACCGGUACCUCUGGCUGGGGUACUCCUCCUUCCCAACAAGCCAACAACAAUGGAAAUAAAUCAAAUGGACAACAGCCCCCUACUUCGCAAUCCAACAACUCUGGUUGGGGCCAACCUGGUUCCAAACCAAGUAACAAUACUAUGCCUACUACUAGUCAACCUCCAGCAUCCUCUUCUGUUUCUCAGAACAGUGUGCCAAUCAGUACCACCAAGCAGCAAUUGGAACAACUCAACAGUAUGAGGGAGGCCAUAUUUAGUCAAGACGGGUGGGGUGGGCAACAUGUCAACCAGGAUACUAAUUGGGAUGUUCCAAGUAGCCCCGAACCUCCUUUGAAAAUGGAUGGUACUAGUGGUCCUCCACCAUGGAAACCAGCAGUAAACAAUGGAACUGAGCUCUGGGAAGCUAAUCUACGAAAUGGUGGCCAACCUCCACCACAGCCACAGCAAAAAACCCCAUGGGGUCAUACCCCUUCUACAAAUAUUGGUGGAACUUGGGGUGAAGAUGACGAUGCUGAUAGCUCUAAUGUGUGGACCGGGGUACCGUCCAGUCAACCACAGUGGGGUACUGGUGGAAAUACCAAUAAUGGUGCGCUAUGGGGAGGUCCCAAGAAAGAAAACGACUGGAAUGCUGGUACAAAUAAUACUGGAUGGGGAGAUCCUAGAUCUGCAGAUCCACGUCAAACAGGAUUAGAUCCCAGAGAAAUUCGUCCAGAAUUGAGAGAGAUGCGCCCAGGAAAUUCAGAUGCCAUGCGCUUGCUGGAUCCAAGAGAUCAGAUGAGACAAAUGGCUGGUAAUGAUAUGAGAGGAGAUCCAAGAGGCAUUACUGGAAGGCUGAAUGGAGCUGGAACUGAAGCUUUCUGGGGUCAAAGUACGUCCCAUGCAGGUUCCCAACAAAUGCAUCAUCAUAACAAAAUGCCUGUUGCUCCAGGAAAUACUGCAGGUUGGGAUGAACCUUCACCACCUUCACAAAGACGAAAUAUGCCAAACUAUGAUGAUGGUACUUCACUUUGGGGUAAUCCCCAACAAGGGUCUCACUGGAAAGAUUUGCCAACAGGAGGAAAUAUGGGUCGAGGCAAUAAUACCGCAGGUCCCCCAGGCAUGGCACAGACACGUAUGAAGCCAGAUGGUUCUGUUUGGGGUCAUGGGCGCAAUGGAUCUUGGGACGAACCUGGCCAAACGCCAACAUGGGAAGAACCAGGCUCCUGGGCUAAACAGAAGAUUCCGGGUCCAUUAUGGGAUGAACCUGAGUGGGGACAUAAGCAGGCCAAUAAACCUCCAUUGACUAAAGAGAUGAUAUGGAAUUCAAAGCAGUUCCGAAUGCUUGUUGACAUGGGUUAUAAGAAAGAAGAUGUAGAAAAUGCUCUUCGAAUACGAGAUAUGAAUAUUGAAGAGGCACUGGAACUUCUCAGUCCGUUACGAAAUAGAGAUGGAUGGGGAAUGCGACAUGAUGAUCACUAUGACCAUUCACCAUUUAAUUGCCAAAGAUUUCCUCCAGGUCCUAGUGCUCAAUUGCCCGGUUUUCCACAAGGUGGAAACACUCCCAAUCUUCUCAAUAAUAUGAACAAUUCUGGAGCAAAUAACUCUCUAAUAAACAAUAUGCCACCUGCCUUCGUUCAAAAAAUGCUUAAUCAAGGAAGUGGGUCACAAGGUUUUGGAGGAUCUUCUGCCAACGCUGGAAGAAAUCUACAUCCACAAACACAGCCUUCCACUCAGCAACUCAGAAUGCUGGUUCAGCAAAUUCAAAUGGCCGUUCAAGCGGGAUACUUAAAUCAUCAGAUCCUCAAUCAACCAUUGGCACCUCAAACGUUGGUGCUUUUGAAUCAACUGUUGCAACAAAUCAAGACAUUGCAACAGCUCAAUACUCAACAGACAAUUGCCACAACACACUCAAUCAACGGGAAACCAAACAGCGCCUACAUGCAGUGUUCAGUACUGAUAACUAAAACCAAACAACAAAUAGCAAACUUGCAGAAUCAAAUUGCUGCUCAACAAGCCACUUAUGUCAAACAACAGCAACACCAAAGUAGUUUGGGUGUCUACGAAUCCUUUAAAGCCAAUACAAUGCAUGAUUCCAUAAAUUCAUUACAAGGUAACUUUGCUGAUCUCGGAAUCAAAGAUCCCCAGAUGAGUCAGCAGCAGUCUCGACUUACUCAGUGGAUUAAUAAAGACAAAGAAGAAGGAAAUGAAUUCAGUAGAGCACCUGGGUCAUCUUCUAAGCCUAUGACUACCUCUCCUAAUAUGAAUCCACUUGGACUCAAUCCAACAGAUGGACCGUGGUCUAGUGGAAGAACUGGAGAUACUGGCUGGCCAGAUUCUGGCACCGAUACUUCAAAUGAUGUGAAAGAUGCACAGUGGUCAACUGCCUCUCAACCUUCCCUGACUGAUCUCGUACCUGAAUUCGAACCUGGAAAGCCCUGGAAGGGAAAUCAAAUAAAAUCAAUUGAAGAUGAUCCCAGUAUCACCCCUGGUUCGGUGGUGCGUUCACCAUUGUCAAUUGCAACGAUAAAAGAUAACGAGUUGUUCAGCAUGAAUCCUGUUAAAAGCCCUCCAGUCACUGAUAGUAUUCAAUCUUUGAGUCUCAGCUCGUCAACAUGGAGCUUCAAUCCAUCUGCCUCAUCCUCUUCGAAUGCUUUCGCCAGUUCCCAGAGUAAACUUCCUGUAUCCAAGGGAGGUUUAGUGGAUUUGAAUCCUACCACAGCCGUUACCUCUGAACUCUGGGCUGCGCCAAAAUCGUCUAGAGGUCCUCCUCCUGGUCUCUCAACUAAAGGUGGAAGCCUUGUGAAUGGCUGGUCAGGCAAUACUGUACCAUGGGGUGGAAGUCAAAGAAGUUCAGGAAAUUGGGGAGGAUCAUCCCAAUGGCUACUACUGAGAAAUUUAACGGCACAGAUUGAUGGUUCUACAUUACGCACACUAUGCUUGCAACAUGGACCACUGUUAAGUUUUCAUCUCUAUUUGCAUCAAGGUUUUGCUCUUGCCAAAUACUCAUCUCGUGAGGAAGCUAUCAAGGCGCAGACUACUUUGAACAACUGUGUUUUGGGCAACACCACAAUAUUAGCUGAAAACCCAACAGAUUGGGAUGCCAAUACUUUGUUGCAGCAAGUUGCUAGUCAACAAAGUGGAACUUCUGGUGCUUGGAGGAGUUCCAGCAAACCAACAGCUGGUGCCGACACAUGGAGUACUGGUUGGCCGAAUAAUCCUUCUACGGCUAGUUUGUGGGCAGCUCCACCAUUAGACAAUACUGACCCUGCUAGAGGAACUCCGUCUAGUCUAAAUUCAUAUCUUCCUAAUGACUUAUUGGGUGGUGAGUCCAUGUAAAAAAUGAAUACAAAAUUUGCCAUUAUAGUUUAUCAUAUGGAUAUCAUCAGGAUAUGAUGAAAGUUUUAUUACAUCUUUUUUAAUGUUUUUAUGAAUAUUAAUUAAAUGAAUGAUUGCCUAUGAAAUUUUGAUGAUA